ACCUUCAGAAGUGCAGGAAACUGGAACACAUGCUACAAACCAGAGAGAUAUUGGCGUACACACUCUCAUCUACAGCAGAUAUCAGUAGGCUAUAAGACGCACGUAACCAUGCUUCAACAGCACAUCCAAGACAAUGUGUACGCUGCGUCUAUGCGAGAUCCGGAAAGGUUCUGGAUGCGACAAGGAAAGGAUUUAUUCUGGCACAAGGAACCUACACAGGCGUUCCAAAAGACCACCCGAACGCUCAAGAAGAGUAACAUUAAGCACAUUUCAUGGGAUUGGUACGCAGACGGGGAGAUAUCCACGACCUUCAACUGCGUGGACAGACAUGUAGCGAACGGAAGAGGCGAUAACGUCGCCAUAUAUUGGGACAGUCCAGUCGCGAGCACCAAAGAACAAUACACAUACAAACAGUUGCUGGAAGAAGUCGAAACCCUGGCUGGUGUGCUCCGAGAAGAGGGAGUCAAGAGAGGUGAUGUUGUUCUUAUUUAUAUGCCAAUGAUCCCGGCAGCAAUAUUCGCCAUGCUUGCGAUUGCCCGGCUAGGUGCCAUCCACUCUGUGGUCUUCGGUGGCUUCUCUCCUGCGGCACUAGCCCAACGUAUCGAAGCGAGUCGCCCCGUGGCAAUCAUGACAGCUUCAUGCGGCUUAGAAGGAUCGAAGAAGCCCACUGGUUACAAGAGCAUGAUUGAAGAGGCGAUUCAAAAAAGCAAAAUCAAACCAUCCAAGACCAUUGUCUGGCAGAGAGACCAGUUGAGAUGGGACCCUGUGAUAAAAGAGAACGGGCAAAGGAACUGGCAGCGUCUCGUUAAGAGCGCCAGAAAUAGAGGGCUGAAAGCUGAUGCUGUUCCUGUCAAAAGUGGAGAUGGUUUAUACAUCAUCUACACAAGUGGCACUACCGGUCUGCCCAAAGGCGUUGUUCGCUCAGCAGGCGGACACGCAGUUGGUCUAAAUUUUUCGAUGAAAUACCUCUUUGGAGUACAUGGUCCAGGCGAUGUUCAAUUUACAGCGUCUGAUAUCGGCUGGGUCGUGGGCCAUUCCUACAUUGUCUAUGCGCCCUUGCUUGUUGGCGCUUCCACCGUGCUUUUCGAAGGUAAGCCUGUGGGUACUCCCGACGCAAGCACAUUCUGGCGAAUCAUUCAAGACUAUAGGGUAACCACCAUGUUCACGGCUCCGACAGCAUUGCGUGCGAUAAGACGCGAGGAUGGAGGGAAUGACUUCUUCGAGAAGCAAUAUGGUGAAAAGGGUGCACUGAAGUCUUUACGAGCAUUGUUCCUAGCUGGUGAAAGGAGCGAGCCAAGCAUCAUAAAAAUGUACCAGACGCUUUUGUCCAAGCAUUGCGCACCCGGUGCCAUAGUCGUCGACAACUGGUGGUCGUCGGAAUCUGGAUCGCCAAUAUCUGGCAUCGCGCUCAGUGCCUCUGCUGGACUCGACUUAGCCUCUUCGGAAAGACCAAAGCCUCUUCCAAUUAAUCCCGGUUCCGCCGGCAAAGCGAUGCCUGGGUUCGAUGUACGUGUCGUCGAUGACUCCGGCCAGGAAGUGAAGAAAGGAGAGAUGGGGAACAUCGUUAUGGGCAUACCUCUAGCGCCGACUGCAUUCACAACGUUGUGGGAGGACGAGGAGCGCUUUUACAAAGGAUACAUGAAGAGAUUCAAUGGGAAGUGGAUCGACACUGGCGAUGCGGGCAUGAUUGACGAAGAAGGCUACAUUUCCAUCAUGUCUCGAGCAGAUGAUGUUAUCAACGUAGCUGCUCAUAGGUUUAGUACCGGCGCCAUCGAACAAGCCAUCACGACUCAUCCUUCUAUCGCUGAAGCAGCGGUGGUAGGCAUCCCCGAUGCCUUGAAGGGCCACCUGCCAUUUGCGUUCGUUACACUUGCCACGCAUCAACAUCCAGAACCCGCCGUCCCUGACGACUCGUUGCUCUCUGAAGUGCAGAAGCUUGUCCGUGAGCAGAUCGGUGCUAUUGCAUCUCUUGGCGGCAUCAUACAGGGCAAAGCUAUGAUCCCGAAGACAAGAAGCGGUAAGACAUUGAGGCGUGUCCUGCGGGAGUUACUCGAUAAUGCAACGCACGGCGACUUUGAUAAGGAGGUCAACGUACCGAGCACGAUCGAAGAUCGUGAGGCUGUGAACGUAGCAAGAGCAAAGAUCAGAGAGUACUUUGAAGUGAAAGGGAAGGAUCUGCAUAAAUCGACUGAGACCAGAGCGAAGUUGUGAUUCAGGCAAUUCAUGCUUGUUGCAGUGUUUUGUCAGACCGAUUCUUUCAAGCAAGUAUGAACUAAACGCAAAGCAUUCCAAUUUUGAAUGGG